AACAUUGCCUUAGUUUGAUAACCAACGACGUGAAAUCAAGAAAAACUUUGAGAAUCUUGAGACCAGAAAGUAUGGCUAGUGUCGUCAAGGAAUUCCAAGCGCUGAGAAAUUGUCAAAAACUGAAGAUUACUGAUGUUAAAGUUAAGGCAGGAUCUCUGUUUGGUGUUGCUGUAAGCCAAGACAAACAGUCUCUGGUGUUAAGGCUCCACCCGGCUGUUCCUUUACAUGGGCUUGGGUUGCAAACAUUUGACUACACGGCUGAAUUGCAGCCAGGUGGAAAUAUCACAAUCAGUGCCAAAGUAACAAUUGAUGCCCGGCUAUAUAUACGAAACAGCACAGUAACAUCGAGAUGUCCUCAUGGCAGAAUGUGGGUACCAGGGAUGCCUGUCCCUGCCAAAACGGAGAAAAGAACUUUCAAUGGUUUUUCAAACAAUAUGGAGAAUUUAUUCUGGGGAGCUGCGUCAGAAAAUUUGCGUCGCCUUGUUCCAAAUAACUAUUUAGAUGAUAUAGCGAUGCCCGCAGGCACAUGUACAUAGGAGCAACGACGUACAAGAACAUGUCCUUACCCAGACGAAUUGAGUGGCUAUGGGUCAAUCAGGCCUCCACCAAGGCUUAUCAGCAACGAGCUUUUUGCACAGAAAGAGUCGGUUAUAAGCGAAAGAAGUUUAAGUGACCUGCAUGUGCACUAUGGCCAGUUCUUUGUUCAUGACUUGGACUUCUCAAGCCCGUUACCUCGAUUUGAGUUUCAAGGGAUUUUGAAUGAGGUUUGGAUGCAAAUAACAGUUCCAAAG